AUGACCGCAGAGUCCUGUUCGGGGCAGCGGACUGUGAAAAGUUGGAGAGAGGAGCCGCUCCAGAGGACGGGAGGGGAGGACGCCGCUCCUCGACCGGGUCACAAGGGCGGAGUGGGAGGAGUUGAUGAAGGAGACGUGGAGGAACCUCCAAUGGCAGCGCAGCUCGUGCGCUCAGCAGAGGAGGAGCCGCGAGCCUCCAUCUGGGUUUCUCACGCGCAGCUUGCAGGGAGAGGUGCUGCGCUCGUGCAGGAGGCAGGAUCCAAGGCAACAAUCAUGGCAGAAGCGGAGACCCGCCAGAAGCUGCUGCGCACCGUCAAAAAGGAGGUGAAGCAGAUUAUGGAGGAAGCUGUCACCAGAAAAUUUGUUCACGAAGACAGCAGCCAUAUUGUGUCCUUUUGUGCUGCGGUGGAGGCAUGUGUCCUGCAUGGGCUCAAGCGGCGAGCGGCUGGCUUUCUGCGCAGCAACAAGAUAGCAGCGCUCUUCAUGAAGGUGGGCAAAAGCUUCCCCCCGGCGGAGGAGUUUUGCAGGAAGGCCCAGGAGCUGGAGCAGGUCAUGGAGACAAAACGAAGUCAAAGCCUGCAGAGUCAAGACAGCCUUCGCAGGAUGCCCCGGCUGCCGAGCCUCAACCCUCCUGGGGUCAAGAACCUGUGGAUCAGGACGGCUCUGUUCGAGAAAGUGCUGGACAAGAUUGUCCUUUACCUGGUGGAGAACAGCAGUAAAUACUAUGAGAAAGAAGCUAUUCUGAUGGACCCUGUGGAUGGACCGAUUCUGGCUUCACUGUUAGUUGGACCCUGUGCUUUGGAGUACACAAAGAUGAAGACAGCUGAUCACUUCUGGACCGACCCGUCUGCUGACGAGUUGGUUCAGAGACAUCGCAUCCACAGUGGCAUCUGCAGGCAGGAUUCUCCCACCAAGAGACCCGCGUUGUGUAUCCAGAAGCGACACUCCAGCAGCAGCAUGGAUGAGCGCCCGUCGCCUUCCCCGUCAGCUCGAGAAUAUGUGGAGUCUCUUCAUCAGAACAGCAGGGCCACGCUGCUUUUUGGCAAGAACAAUGUGCUGGUGCAACCGAGGGAUGACAUGGAGGCUAUCCCAGGUUACCUCUCUCUGCACCAAACUGCUGAUGUAAUGACAUUGAAGUGGACACCCAAUCAGCUCAUGAACGGAUCUGAAGCAGACUUGGACUAUGAACGCAGUGUAUAUUGGGACUAUGCCAUGACAAUCAAUUUAGAGGAAAUAGUGUACUUGCACUGCCAUCAACAAGUGGACAGCGGGGGGACGGUGGUUCUAGUCAGUCAGGAUGGGAUCCAAAGACCUCCACUUCGCUUCCCCAGAGGAGGACAUUUGCUCCAGUUCCUGUCUUGCCUGGAGAACGGUCUGCUCCCUCACGGCCAGCUGGACCCUCCUCUCUGGUCCCAGAGGGGAAAGGGGAAAGUGUUUCCCAAACUGAAGAAGAGAGUUCCUCUGGGAUCUGCGUCCACAGAGUCAGUUUCUGACAAGGAGGAGGACGAGGCCACCGACUACGUCUUCCGCAUCAUCUUUCCAAACAGCCAGUCUGAUUUUGUGCCUCCUCCAGAUCUGAUGGAUCACGGAGCCGCCCUGUGGCAGCCUAGUCUCAGGAAGUCUUCAUGUUCCUCCUGCUCCAAGGGGAACUUCUCCGACGGCGCCGCGCACAAAGGGUGCAACUAUGAGAGGACUCCUCUGAAGCUGCUGUGUGACAACAUGAAAUAUCAGAUCAUCUCCAGGGCGUUUUAUGGAUGGCUGGCGUACUGCCGCCACCUGUCCACCGUGCGUACCCAUCUCUCCGCCCUCGUCAACCACACCAUCGUGGCGCCCAACGCGCCCUGCGACGCCACCGGGGGGCUCACCGCAGACGUUUGGCAGACAUUUCUUAAGGACUGCACCGCCUACAAAGAGCAGGAGCUGCUCCGCUUGGUCUACUUCGGCGGCGUGGACCCCUUGCUGCGUAAAGAGGUGUGGCCUUUCCUGCUGGGUCAUUACCAGUUUGGGACGUCAGAGGAUGACAGGAGGGAGGUGGAUGAACAAAUGCAGGCUUCUUACAAGCAGACCAUGAGCGAGUGGUUGGCAUGUGAGGAGGUUGUUCGCGAGCGAGAGAAGGAGCAGCACGCUGCCGCUUUGGCAAAGUGCUCCUCUGUGGCGAGUGUGGACAGCUCCAGUCAGAGGAUGACCCAUCAUGACUCCACUGUGAGCAACGAGUCUCAUUCAUCUCACAGCUCAGACAGGGAGAGUCUGGCUCGCCUCCAGAGUGACUCCAGCAGCAGCACACAGGUGUUUGAGUCCGUAGAGGAGCUGGACCAGCCCGAGUCGGAGUCCAAGACUGAAGAGGCCAAACUGUUGCAGAAGUUGCCCAACGGAGCUGUGCAAAAUGAGUCGAGCUCUCCCGACUCUGGGCAUCCUUCGUCACGAAACUUCUCCGUCACCUCUGGCCUUUCAGACGGCUCCUUCAGCACAGAGGACAGCUCCGCACCUGAUGCGUCCCAGAGAUCCGCAGCUGCGCCUCCGAUGUCGCAGAGCUCCGCCAAAGCUGCAGUGGGAGAGGCCGAAGCAUUGACAAUCGAAGGUCAGGUGGUGAGUGAAGAGAAGGACAAAGGGCAGGAGGAGAAAACAUUUGACAGCACAGAUAAAGACGGCGUCAAAUCGAAUCCUGGAACACAGGACAGCACAAAGUCUGGAAAUGUGAAAAAGGAAGGAGCAAAUUUUGAAGAUAAAGACCCAAAACAUGUACCACUGAAGACUGAGGAAGCUUCCAAACACAAAGAAAAAAACCUGACACCAAUUAAAGAUACGAAAAAAUUAAACACAACCAUCACAUUUGAAAAAUCUAAAAGUCUUAAGGAACGUGAGGGGGAACAGAUUCUGGGAGCCUCGAUAUCGGGAGGAGUUCACAGCUUGUCUCAGAAAGACGAGACCCAGGCUUUGACUGAGUCUGAUGAGUCUCCCUCAGCCAUAGAAAUGGAGGAGAUCCCCAAGGCAAGGGUGUCCAUGGCACCAUGGAGCAGUAGAGGACACUGUGAGACUUCGUCCUUCUCUGAGGAUUCAGCAACUCCUGCGGAUCUGAGGCAGGAGGUAGAAAAGCUCAGUCCUGAAGGAACAGAGUCCACCCUGUCGGAGCCGGAGAUGGAGAGCCUUUAUCCUCCCUUCGACUCUCUUCCAGCCGACGAAAACACAAAGAAUGAAGUGACACCUCAGGGAGCAACUGGGAGCCCUUACUCUCAAGAGCUUUUGGAUUUAUACACACUAAAUCUGCACCGCAUUGACAAAGACGUCCAGCGGUGUGACAGGAAUUACUGGUAUUUCACUCCAGCCAACCUGGAGAAGCUGCGCAACGUCAUGUGCAGCUACAUCUGGAGGCACCUGGACAUCGGAUACGUACAGGGAAUGUGUGACCUGCUGGCUCCUCUUUUAGUCAUUCUCGAUGACGAGGCCAAAGCUUUCAGCUGCUUCAGUAAACUCAUGAAGAGAAUGAAUCAGAACUUUCCACACGGAGGAGCCAUGGAUACUCACUUUGCGAACAUGCGCUCUCUAAUCCAGAUCCUGGAUUCUGAGCUGUUUGAGCUCAUGCACCAGAACGGAGACUACACCCACUUCUACUUCUGCUACCGCUGGUUUCUGCUCGACUUCAAACGAGAGCUGGUUUACGAUGACGUGUUUGCUGUAUGGGAAACCAUCUGGGCCGCCAAGUAUGCCUCAUCAAGUCACUUUGUGCUCUUCAUUGCCCUUGCUCUGGUGGAGGUCUACAGGGACAUCAUCCUGGAGAACAACAUGGACUUCACAGACAUAAUCAAGUUCUUCAAUGAGAUGGCUGAGCACCACAACAUCAAGCAGAUUUUGACCAUGGCCAGAGAUCUGGUGUGCAAAGUGCAGAUCCUGAUAGAAAACAAGUGAUUGUUGCUUUCGUCCUCCCGUCCUUCCAUGUAAAGAAGAGUCGGCUGUAGUAGCACAACAGUAUAACACAUAUGAAUUCAUAUACUACAAUCUACACAAGGCCUUUACAUUCACAGGUUGCUGCUAUGAGCCUUACGGACUGUCCUCUGUGGUGUUUGUCCUGUCAGCACUAUGAGAACUGUGUCGAUCCGAGUGCACUUAAUAUUUUAGGAUAAAGAUGUUCUAGUUGCACAUUUCAUGCCAAAACGCAAAGCUGAAUUCAAACAGAGACUAUAUUUAUGAGAAAAAUAGAUUGUGAUACUGCUCUAUGAAUUAUUUUAAUAGCCAACUAUUUAAAAAACAAAAACAAAUUACAAGUCAUCCCUUAACAAAAUAAGAUUAUAGAUAUGGUUUUCUUCGUAUGUAUAUAUAACAUUUAGAUGCAAACAUUUAAAUGUUAACCUCAAUUGAUUUAAGAAUCUGUCUGGCAGCCAGAAAUUUAACACAUCUAAUCGCCUUCCAAAGUCAAGUUGCUUUAAACUUUGUGUAAUUCGCUUACAGUGCCUUGCUCAAGUAUUCACACCCCUGAACAUUGUUGUCGCAUUCCACUGCAAACCUCAAUGUGUUUUAUUUUAAUUUUUAUCUGAUGGACCAAUGGAAAGUAGCACAUAAUUUUGUAGUGAAAGGAAAGUCAGACAUUCGUCAAGGUUUAUUGCAAAUAGAAAGUGAAUAAGCAGCAUCAUAACAGACCUAAAAACACAACAAAUAGCUGUGGAGAAACUUAAAGCAGGAUUCUGUCAUAAAACAAUAUCCUAAGCUUUGAUCAUGUGUGAGACGCCCAGUUAAAUUAACAAGAGGAGCAUUAAUCAGGCACAACUUAAAGGAGCCGCAGGAAUCAACAUGAAGCGGCUCACGAGACGUUGCACCCAUAACUGUAGCAAAUUCUGCAAGGCUUGAGUAUAAAUCCACACUAUUCAUUAUUUUCUUUCAUCUCAAAAUUACGCAGGACUUUAUGUUGGUCUAACAUUUAAAAACUCAAUAAAAUCCAUUAAAUUUGUUCAAGGGGUUAUUUGUGCUUUUGCAAGUCAGAAUUACAGAAAAUACAGUGUUUUAAGUGUUCUAAAACUGCAUUUUCUGCCUGUUUGCUUAUUUUUGUAUUUGUUUUGUCCCCAGAGAAAAUUGUGCUCAGAAUGUGUCGUGAACUCAUACCCUGAUUCUGACUGAUGAGUGUGUGGUCAGAAAUUCACACAAAUAUGAAAAGUAUAUGAAAAGACGGGCCUAAUUUCACAAUCCUUGUGAAUUGUUUUGCAUUGUUCCGUGAUCUUCUGCUUAUUUUGUCAAUUGAGUGAGUUACUUACUUUUGUUUUUGUACUGUCAUGCUUUGUCUGGUGCCUGUUUGUUCAAUCAGACUUUAACUUCCUCUUUAAAAGACAGACGAGGCAGCGGCCGUUUUUAGUCACCCUUAUCAAGUAACAACUGCUGUUCCACUUUAUUCGGAUUCAUCGCUGCGAGAAACGACAAUUGCUUUGUUGAUAUGAGUAGCAAUUACAUUAUUUUUGACAUAUUUAUAUUCCAGUUCCUAAUGGUUCAUGCAAGUCAAUGCCUGUCAUAUAUAGCCUAAAACUUCAGACGCUUGUUGUUGUUUUAUGAAUGUAGUAGGUUUAUUCUAGUACUUCUUUGUGGACUCCAAGUGCUUUCAGAUGAACUUUGUAUUUAUUUAUUGUAAUAUUCGUAAGCCAAAGUACUUGUUUAGUUAGUUAGUUUUCUUUUCUGGAUGCUGCUUUGUUUGUAAAGCUAAUAUUUUUAUUUCGUGGCCAAUUUUAAAUGUGUACUAUAAAUUAAAUCAGAUUCCAUAGCACUUAACAGAUAUAUACACACAUAUAUAUUGAAUGGUCUAUGUUCUUAUAAUAAAAAAUAAAA